UCCGAGCUCCUGCGCGCCAGAGAGCGCCGGGAGCCGGAGGGGAGCGCAGCGCUGGAGUCCUGGCCCGUGGUCGUGCAGUCCAGGUGGCUGGAUGGCAUGCUGGACCCAAGCUCAGCUCAGCGUCCGGGCCCAAUAACGGCUUUUCCAAGGAAGCAGCUUUCCGUCCUGGCCACACCGAGGUGCAUAGCGUAAUGUCCAUGUUGUUCUACACUCUGAUUACAGCUCUUCUGAUCGGCAUCCAGGCAGAACCACAGGCAGAGAGCAAUGUCCCAGCAGGACACGCCGGCCCCCAAGCCCACUGGACUACCCUCCAGCAUUCCCUUGACACAGCCCUCCGCAGAGCCCACAGAGCCCCAGCCGGGCCGAUAGCCGCCCGGGUGGCCGGGCAGACCCACAACAUCACUGUGGACCCCAAACUUUUUAAAAAGCGGCGACUGCGCUCGCCCCGCGUGCUAUUCAGCACUCAGCCCCCUCCCGUCACCGCGGAUGCGGAUGCCGCGCAGCAUCUGGACGUGGAGGCCGGUGGCUCUGCCCCCUUCAACAGGACUCACAGGAGCAAGCGGUCCGCGACGCACCCCGUCUUCCACAGGGGGGAGUUCUCGGUGUGCGACAGCAUCAGCGUGUGGGUGGGGGACAAGACCACAGCCACGGACAUCAAGGGCAAGGAGGUGAUGGUGUUGGGAGAGGUGAACAUCAACAACAGUGUGUUCAAACAGUACUUUUUUGAGACCAAGUGCCGGGACCCCAAUCCCGUGGACAGCGGGUGCCGGGGCAUAGACGCCAAGCACUGGAACUCCUACUGCACCACCACUCACACCUUCGUCAAGGCGCUGACCAUGGACGACAAGAAGGCUGCCUGGCGGUUCAUC